AUGGGAUGCCGCUUGACGAGAACCGAAUCAACCGAAUUAUGCGAACAAACAACAAAAGAGCCGGAGAAACAAGGAAAUGUUUCGAACGGACAAUCAAAAGUGACACGAAAAGACACACCAAUACAUGGAACCGAAUAUUUCAGGAACGGAUAUUCACCAGCGAACAACUGCUUAACAGCGCCGAAACCGAUUGGGGAGGUCGAAAGCGCGAGUCAAGCGGAUUUUUUCCGGAUGUUGGAUGCUAAGAUAGCGCAUGGUGCAGAUCUUGAAUCGGAAAACGAAACAUAA